AUGCUGGAUACCUUCGAGAUCGUCACCACCGCCGGCGUGGUGAUAUGGUCCCGGAAAUGGGCGCCAGUCAAGCCUUCGGUCAUCAACAGCUUUAUAACAGAUGUGUUUGUCGAAGAGAAGGGCGUAUCUAGCUUUGUGAAAGCAAACAACUCCGCCGCCACCAAUGCGCCUUACAAGACCGAGCAGCACACCCUGCGAUGGACCAUGGUCAAGGAGCUCGGCAUCAUCUUCGUCGCUGUCUACAGGUCCCUGCUCCACCUCUCCUGGAUAGACAAGCUCGUCGACAACAUCAAGACCAUUUUCGUUCAGCUGUACGGUGACCAAUUGACCAAACCGAACACCACACAAGUCGAGUGCUCCCAGUUCGACAAGUACUUCGACCAGCAGAUCCAAGAGCUCGAGCAACUCGGCGAGAAGCGUCCCGUCCAACCCCAGGCGGCAAAGGCUGCCAGAGAGAAGGAUGUGGUGUCCGGAAAAGAGGGCGACGACCCUCCAUCACCCGAGAUCGCCCCUUCCGUCGAGUCCACACCUGUGACCUCCCGGCCUGCCACCCCUGCGAACAAUGCCGUGCUCGGUGGCGACGCAAGUCCAGCAGCCAAGCUAUCGAGGCGAGCCCGCAAGGCGGUGAACCGCACCAACUCUGCCCCUGCGUCCGGAGACGAGACUGCAUCGCGCAAGACCAAGGGAGCGGCAAAGCAGGCCAAGAAGGGUCGCAAGUGGGACGACGACGGACUGCCCCUCGAGGACGAUACUGACGUGAAGCUCGAUUACUCUGGUGACACAGGUGACGUGGCUGUCGGACGGUCCUCGGCGCUCGAGGAAGUUGACUCCUCGACAUGGGGCUCGACCACCAAGGGAAAGUUUGUGCUGAAGGACCUUGGCGAUGAGGUUCACUCGAUGCUCGCUGACGCAGAAGCCAAGAAGGCAGCAACCAGCACAGAGACUGCGAAUGGUGGUCUGGUGGGAACUGGUCUGAGCGCCAUCAGCGGCCUGUUCCGCAAUGUCAUUGGCGGCAAGAAACUGACCAAGGAGGACCUGGACAAGGCGAUGAAGGGGAUGGAGGAUCAUUUGCUGCGCAAGAACGUGGCCAGGGAGGCUGCAGUCCGGCUGUGCGAAGGCGUCGAGAAGGAGCUGAUCGGGGUCACGACUGGGAGCUUCGAGAGCAUCAGCACGCGCAUACAGACGGCAAUGGAGGCAUCGCUUACCAAAAUGCUAACCCCGACGUCAUCCAUGGAUCUUCUGCGCGAGAUCGACUCCAUCACCUCGCCCUCUGCGACGUCAAUGCGCAAAGCCAGGCCAUACGUCAUGUCCAUCGUCGGUGUCAACGGCGUGGGCAAGUCCACGAACCUGUCCAAGAUCUGCUUCUUUCUGCUGCAGAACAAGUACAAGGUGCUCAUCGCAGCAGGUGACACCUUCCGGUCGGGGGCUGUCGAGCAGCUGGAGGUGCAUGUGCGCAAUCUGAAGGAGCUGACGGCGCGUGAGGGUGGUGAGGUUGAGCUGUACCAAAAGGGAUACGGUAAGGACGCGGCUACCGUCGCAAGAGAUGCUGUGCAGUUUGCCAGCCAGCAGGGCUACGAUGUCGUGCUGAUUGAUACAGCUGGACGGAGGCACAACGACCAGCGGCUGAUGUCGUCGCUGGAGAAGUUCGCCAAAUUUGCGCAGCCCGACAAGAUCCUCAUGGUGGGCGAGGCUCUGGUCGGAACGGACUCUGUCGCCCAGGCUCGCAACUUCAACGCGGCAUUCGGAUCCGUGCGGACUCUUGACGGGUUCAUUAUCUCCAAGUGCGAUACCGUGGGAGAUAUGGUUGGCACCCUGGUGAGCUUGGUACAUGCCACCAACGUGCCGGUUUUGUUUGUUGGCGUUGGACAGCACUAUUCCGACCUCAGGAACUUCUCUGUGAAAUGGGCCGUGGAGAAACUCCUGAGUGGAAACUGA